AUGUCUUUACCAUCCCUCAAUCCUGAAAAGACAGCUUCGGGUAUCAUAGUGGAUCCAAGCACUUUAGAGAGAGUGAUCCCUCAAUCUAAGAGGAAAGAUGGAACCGUUCGAAAAGAACAGAAAGUUCGACCUGGAUUCACACCUCAAGAAGAUGUAGGUAGAUUUCGAUCUACAAGACAAGCUCAGGAAGAUGCUAGAUCAUCUUCACGUCCAACUAUACCAGGAUCAAAUAAACCUAAAUCUCAAUCUGCUAGUAAUAGCGAGAACAACCCAUUCGCAUCUGAACUUAGAGAAAAGACGAAAGCGCAAUUGAAGAAUGAGAAAAGGAGAGAAAAGAAAAGAGAGAAAGUAUCCGUUAAUUGGGACGAAGAUGAUGAUGACGAAGAUGGUGAAGGUGAACUGGAUCAAGCUUUCAAAGAUGUGGAUCAACAACGUAAUAAUUCAGUAGCUGGAGAAGGUAAAGGAGCGGAACAGAGCUUCCCACCUUUCGAAGGCUCAGGUGGUGUUCCCAAUGAAAGCAUAAUAGAUGAAUUAAAGGAUAAACCAGAAAGUGUAGGUAAAACAGCAGCUAUAGAACCCACUCCUCCUGUAGCAGCUACUCCUCCGACACCGGAAUCAAGCUCGACCCCUCCUCCAUCUUCCACAAACAAAAAACCUUCGAUCCUAAAUGAUAGGAAAGACGAGUUAUCAUCCUCAUCGCAACCUCAUCCUAUCCAAGGAGGUCGAAAAGGACCUUUGGGGUUAGCACAUCCUCCACCUAUCGAAGAGCCUAAACCCUCACCUCCAAGUAGAGCAGAUGGUAAUGAUUGGCGAACAGUGAAAAAGCCUCAAGGAAACAGAAAGAAUAACAAUAACGAUAGUAAGCCUAGCGGACAACAAGGAAAGUCCAAUGGUAAACCUAAUCAGAAUAAAGGAAACAAGCAACAAAACCAACAACGAUCUAAGCCUGAGGACAAACCCGCUCCCGCAUCUCCCGCGCCAAGGGAAAGAAAAGAAGUCAAAGUGCGUCAAGGCGGUGCGAACGAUAUCUCCUCAUUAGCAAGCAGGGUUAGGAAUCUCGUAGUCGCUAAUACAGUCGGAAAUACUCCCAAAGAGAAGAAGGAGACACCUACACCGGCCGCAUAG